CAGGCUUUGACCGAUAGUAACCCCAGCGCUCAGCGCCGCCGAAUCUAUAAAAGGAACUAGUCGCGGCAAAACCCCGGUAAUUCCGAGGCAGAGUGAGUGCUGCCGGGGCCGGCAGGGACGCGCCGACACCUCUCUACCCGGGCGCAGGUGGGCAGAACAGGGGGCGCCGUGCAACCAGCGCCGCCACAGCCAAUUUCUCGGGGCGCUUUGCUCCCUUUACCCCCCCUUCUUUUCCGAAGGGUUUUUCAAGGGUUUGGGGAAAGAGCCACAAACACAAAAGUGGAAAACAGGCUACUUCUUGCUGACGUCUCUGCGUGUCUCCUGGAGGGUCUCUGAAGCCAGGAUCCAUGUCUGGAAAUGCAGAAACCCUGCUUUAGGAAAACGCUCUCCAGAAAGCUUCCUCCCGGCUGUUCUCGUCUCAUGCACAUUCUGCAGAGUUAAUGACCAGCCACAGCGUCCCUGCUGUGAGCUCCAGCCACUUCCUUCCCAGGCUCCCGAGCCUCACGCAGGCUGCUGUGGUGCUGGCUGAGGUAACAUGGCUUAUUGGCCUCAGCUGAGAUUGCUGCUGUGGAAGAACCUCACUUUCAGAAGAAGACAAACAUGUCAGCUGUUUCUUGAAGUGGCCUGGCCGCUAUUCAUCUUCCUGAUCCUGAUCUCCGUGCGGCUGAGCUAUCCACCCUAUGAACAACAUGAAUGCCACUUUCCAAACAAAGCCAUGCCCUCUGCAGGAACACUUCCUUGGGUUCAGGGGAUUAUCUGUAAUGCCAAUAACCCCUGUUUCCGUUAUCCAACUCCUGGUGAGGCUCCGGGAGUUGUUGGAAACUUUAACAAGUCCAUUGUGUCUCGCCUGUUCACAGACGCUCGGCGGCUUCUCUUGUACAGCCACAGAGACACCAGCAUGAAGGACAUACGCAAAGUUUUGAAGACGUUAUACCAGAUCGAGCGUUCCAGCUCACGCUUGAAACUUCAGGACUUCCUGGUAGACAAUGAAACCUUCUCUGGAUUCCUGCAUCACAACCUCUCUCUGCCAAGGCCAACUGUGGACAAGAUGCUGGGGGCUGAUGUCAGUCUCCGCAAGGUAUUUUUGCAAGGCUACCAGUUACAUUUGACCAGUCUGUGCAAUGGAUCAAAAUUGGGAGAGGUGAUUCGACUUGGUGACCAAGAAGUUUCUAGGUUUUGCAGCCUGCCAAGGGAGAAACUGAACGCAGCAGAGCAGGUGCUUCGUUCCAACUUGGAUAUCCUGAAGCCAAUCCUGACAAAACUAAACUCUACAUCUCUCUUCCCAAGCGAGGAGCUGGGUGAAGCCACAAAAGCUUUGCUGGAUAGUCUCGGGAAUCUGGCCCAAGAGCUGUUCAGCAUGAGGAGCUGGAGUGACAUGCGGCAGGAGGUGAUGUUUCUGACCAACGUGAACAGCUCCAGCUCCUCCACCCAGAUCUACCAGGCUGUGUCCCGCAUCAUCUGCGGCCAUCCCGAGGGCGGGGGCCUGAAGAUCAAGUCCCUGAACUGGUAUGAGGACAACAACUACAAGGCCCUCUUCGGGGGCAACGGCACGGAGGACGACACUGGUACCUUCUAUGACAACUCUACAUCUCCUUAUUGCAAUGAUUUGAUGAAGAAUCUGGAGUCCAGUCCUCUUUCCCGCAUCAUAUGGAAAGCUCUCAAGCCCCUGCUUGUUGGAAAGAUCCUGUAUACACCUGAUACUCCAGUCACAAGGCAGCUUAUGACUGAGGUGAAUAAGACCUUCCAGGAACUGGCUGUGUUUCAUGAUCUAGAAGGCAUGUGGCAAGAACUCAGCCCCAAGAUCUGGACCUUUAUGGAGAGCAGCUCAGAAAUGGACCUUGUCCGGACACUAUUGGACAGCAGAGGCAAUGAUGACUUUUGGGAACAGCGACUUGAAGGCUUAGACUGGACGGCCAAAGAUAUCGUGGCAUUUCUGGCCAAGCACCCAGAGGAUGUGCAGUCCACCAACGGCUCCGUGUACACCUGGAGAGAAGCCUUCAAUGAGACCAACCGGGCAAUCCAGACCAUCUCUCGUUUCAUGGAGUGUGUCAACCUGAACAAGCUAGAACCAGUAGCGACAGAGGUUCUACUCAUCAACAAGUCCAUGGAGCUCUUGGAUGAGCGCAAGUUCUGGGCUGGGGUUGUGUUCACUGGAAUUGCUCCCGGCAGCGUCGAGUUACCGCAUCAUGUCAAGUACAAGAUCCGGAUGGACAUUGAUAAUGUGGAGAGGACGAAUAAGAUCAAGGACGGGUACUGGGACCCUGGUCCUCGGGCUGACCCCUUUGAAGACAUGCGGUAUGUUUGGGGAGGCUUCGCUUACUUGCAGGAUGUGGUGGAGCAGGCAAUCAUCAGGGUGCUGACGGGCACAGAGAAGAAAACUGGCGUGUACAUGCAGCAGAUGCCUUACCCCUGUUAUGUUGAUGACAUCUUCCUGCGGGUCAUGAGCCGGUCCAUGCCUCUCUUCAUGACGCUGGCCUGGAUCUACUCAGUGGCUGUGAUCAUCAAGGGCAUUGUGUAUGAGAAGGAGGCGCGGCUGAAGGAGACCAUGCGCAUCAUGGGCCUGGACAACGGUAUCCUCUGGUUCAGCUGGUUCAUCAGCAGCCUCAUCCCUCUGCUUGUGAGCGCCGGCCUACUGGUGGUCAUCCUGAAAUUAGGAAACCUGCUGCCCUACAGCGACCCCAGCGUGGUGUUUGUCUUUCUGUCUGUGUUUGCCAUGGUGACCAUCCUGCAGUGCUUCCUGAUCAGCACGCUCUUCUCCAGAGCCAACCUGGCGGCCGCCUGUGGGGGCAUCAUUUACUUCAUGCUAUACCUGCCCUACGUCCUGUGCGUGGCGUGGCAAGACUACGUGGGCUUUACCCUCAAGAUCUUCAUGAGCCUGAUGUCUCCUGUGGCUUUUGGGUUUGGCUGUGAGUACUUUGCCCUUUUCGAGGAGCAGGGCAUUGGGGUACAGUGGGACAACCUCUUUGAGAGCCCCACAAAGGAAGAUGGCUUCAACCUUACCACCUCUGUGUCCAUGAUGCUGUUUGACACCUUUCUCUAUGGAGUGAUGACGUGGUACAUCGAGGCUGUGUUUCCAGGCCAGUAUGGAAUCCCCAGGCCCUGGUAUUUCCCUUGCACUAAGUCCUACUGGUUUGGCGAGGAAAGUGAUGAGAAGAGCCACCCUGGUUCCAGCCAGAAGGGAGCAUCAGAAAUCUGCAUGGAGGAGGAACCCACCCAUCUGAAACUGGGUGUGUCCAUUCAGAACCUGAUGAAGGUUUACCGAGAUGGCAUGAAGGUGGCUGUUGAUGGCCUGGCCUUGAAUUUCUACGAGGGGCAGAUCACCUCCUUCCUGGGCCACAAUGGAGCUGGCAAGACCACCACCAUGUCCAUCCUGACUGGGUUGUUCCCUCCUACCUCGGGCACUGCCUACAUCCUAGGGAAAGACAUACGCUCUGAGAUGAGCACCAUCCGGCAGAACCUGGGGGUCUGUCCCCAGCAUAAUGUGCUGUUUGACAUGUUGACUGUUGAGGAGCACAUUUGGUUCUAUGCCCGCCUGAAAGGGCUUUCCGAGAAGCACGUGAAAGCUGAGAUGGAGCAGAUGGCCUUGGAUGUUGGUUUGCCGCCCAGCAAACUGAAAAGCAAAACAAGUCAGCUGUCAGGUGGAAUGCAGAGAAAGCUGUCUGUGGCCUUGGCCUUUGUUGGCGGAUCCAAGGUUGUCAUUCUGGAUGAGCCCACAGCCGGUGUGGACCCUUACUCCCGCAGGGGGAUAUGGGAGCUGCUGCUGAAAUACCGACAAGGCCGCACCAUUAUCCUCUCCACGCACCACAUGGAUGAGGCGGACAUCCUUGGGGACAGGAUUGCCAUCAUUUCCCACGGGAAGCUCUGCUGCGUGGGCUCCUCCCUGUUCCUGAAGAACCAGCUGGGGACAGGCUACUACCUGACCCUGGUCAAGAAGGACGUGGAGUCUUCCCUCAGCUCAUGCAGAAAUAGCAGUAGCACUGUGUCAUACCUGAAAAAGGAGGACAGUGUUUCUCAGAGCAGUUCUGAUGCUGGCCUGGGCAGCGACCAUGAGAGUGACACGCUGACCGUCGAUGUCUCCGCAAUCUCCAACCUCAUCAGGAAGCAUGUGGCUGAGGCACGGCUGGUGGAAGACAUUGGGCAUGAACUGACCUACGUGCUGCCCUACGAGGCCGCCAGAGAGGGAGCCUUUGUGGAACUCUUCCACGAAAUUGAUGACAGGCUCUCAGACCUAGGCAUCUCCAGUUACGGCAUCUCAGAAACUACUCUGGAAGAAAUAUUUCUCAAAGUGGCUGAAGAGAGUGGAGUGGAUGCUGAGACCUCAGAUGGCACCUUACCAGCAAGACGAAACAGACGAGUCUUUGGGGACAAGCAGAGCUGUCUUCGCCCUUUUACUGAAGAUGAUGCUAUGGAUCCAAAUGAUUCCGACAUAGAUCCAGAAUCCAGAGAAACAGAUCUGCUCAGUGGGAUGGAUGGUAAAGGUUCCUACCAGGUGAAGGGCUGGAAGCUCACACAGCAGCAGUUUGUGGCCCUUUUGUGGAAGAGAUUGCUGAUUGCCAGACGGAGUCGGAAAGGAUUCUUUGCUCAGAUUGUCCUGCCCGCUGUGUUUGUCUGCAUCGCCCUGGUGUUCAGCUUGAUUGUGCCACCCUUUGGCAAGUACCCCAGCCUGGAACUUCAGCCCUGGAUGUACAAUGAACAGUAUACAUUUGUCAGUAAUGAUGCACCUGAGGAUGUGAGCACCCAGGAGCUCUUAAAUGCUCUCACUGGAACGCCUGGCUUUGGGACCCGAUGUAUGGAAGGAAACCCGAUCCCAGAAAGGCCCUGCUUGGUGGGAGAGGAGAAGUGGACCACUGCCCCAGUCCCCCAGACCAUCACGGACCUCUUCCGAAAUGGAAACUGGACAAUGGAGAACCCCUCCCCGACCUGCCAGUGUAGCAGCGACAAGAUCAAGAAGAUGCUGCCUGUGUGCCCCCUGGGGGCAGGGGGGCCGCCUCCUCCUCAAAAAAAACAGAAUACUGCCGACAUCCUUCAGAACCUCACGGGAAGAAACAUUUCGGAUUAUCUGGUGAAGACAUACGUGCAGAUCAUAGCCAAAAGCUUAAAGAACAAGAUCUGGGUCAAUGAGUUUAGGUACGGUGGAUUUUCCCUGGGCGCCAGUAAUUCUCAGUCACUUCCUCCGAGUGAAGAAGUUAAUGAUGCCAUCCAGCAAAUGAAGAAACACUUGAAGGUGGUCAAGGACAGUUCUGCAGACCGAUUUCUCAGCAGCUUGGGAAGGUUCAUGACAGGACUGGACACGAAGAAUAACGUCAAGGUGUGGUUUAACAACAAGGGCUGGCACGCCAUCAGCUCUUUCUUGAACGUCAUCAACAAUGCCAUUCUCCGGGCCAAUCUGCAGAAGGGAGCGAACCCCAGCCAGUAUGGGAUUACUGCUUUCAAUCACCCGCUGAACCUCACCAAGCAGCAGCUCUCAGAAGUGGCUCUGAUGACCACAUCCGUGGACGUCCUUGUGUCCAUCUGUGUCAUCUUCGCGAUGUCCUUCGUCCCGGCCAGCUUUGUCGUGUUCCUGAUCCAGGAGCGCGUCAGCAAAGCGAAGCACCUGCAGUUCAUCAGCGGAGUGAAGCCUGUCAUAUACUGGCUCUCCAAUUUUGUCUGGGACAUGUGCAACUAUGUGGUCCCUGCCACGCUGGUCAUUAUCAUCUUCAUCUGCUUCCAGCAGAAGUCCUACGUGUCCUCUACCAACCUGCCUGUGCUCGCUCUUCUACUGUUGCUGUAUGGGUGGUCCAUCACACCUCUCAUGUACCCAGCCUCCUUCGUGUUCAAGAUCCCCAGCACAGCCUACGUGGUCCUCACCAGCGUGAACCUCUUCAUCGGCAUCAAUGGCAGUGUGGCCACGUUCGUGCUGGAGCUCUUCACCAACAAUAAGCUGAAUAACAUCAAUGAUAUCCUGAAGUCAGUGUUCUUGAUCUUCCCACAUUUUUGCCUGGGACGGGGGCUCAUUGACAUGGUGAAAAACCAGGCAAUGGCUGAUGCCUUGGAAAGGUUUGGGGAGAACCGCUUUGUCUCACCACUGUCUUGGGACUUAGUGGGACGAAAUCUCUUUGCCAUGGCUGUGGAAGGAGUGGUGUUCUUCCUCAUCACUGUGCUGAUCCAGUACCGAUUCUUCAUCAGGCCCAGACCUGUAAAGGCAAAGCUUCCUCCUCUGAAUGAUGAGGAUGAAGAUGUGAGGAGGGAAAGACAGAGAAUUCUUGAUGGUGGAGGACAGAAUGACAUCUUGGAAAUCAAGGAGUUGACUAAGGUAUACAGAAGAAAGAGGAAACCUGCUGUUGACAGGAUCUGCGUUGGCAUUCCUCCUGGUGAGUGCUUUGGACUUCUGGGUGUUAAUGGAGCUGGGAAAUCAUCAACUUUCAAGAUGUUAACAGGAGAUACCACUGUUACCAGAGGAGAUGCUUUCCUUAACAAAAAUAGUAUCUUAUCAGACAUCCACGAAGUCCAUCAGAACAUGGGCUAUUGCCCUCAGUUUGAUGCCAUCACAGAGCUGCUGACUGGAAGAGAACACGUGGAGUUCUUUGCCCUUUUGAGAGGAGUCCCGGAGAAAGAAGUAGGCAAGGUUGGCGAGUGGGCGAUUCGGAAACUGGGACUUGUGAAGUAUGGAGAAAAAUAUGCUGGGAACUACAGUGGAGGCAAUAAGCGCAAGCUCUCAACAGCCAUGGCUUUGAUUGGCGGGCCUCCAGUGGUGUUUCUGGAUGAACCAACCACAGGCAUGGACCCUAAAGCCCGGCGCUUCCUGUGGAAUUGUGCCCUAAGUAUCAUCAAGGAAGGGAGAUCAGUAGUGCUUACCUCUCACAGUAUGGAAGAAUGUGAAGCUCUUUGCACCAGGAUGGCAAUUAUGGUCAAUGGGCGGUUCAGGUGUCUUGGCAGUGUUCAACAUCUGAAAAAUAGGUUUGGAGAUGGUUAUACAAUAGUUGUACGAAUAGCAGGGUCGAACCCUGACCUGAAGCCUGUACAGGAGUUCUUUGAACUCGCCUUUCCAGGAAGCGUCCUGAAGGAGAAGCACCGGAACAUGCUUCAGUACCAGCUUCCGUCUUCACUGUCUUCCCUGGCCAGGAUUUUCAGCAUCCUUUCCCAGAGCAAAAAGCAACUCCACAUAGAAGACUACUCUGUCUCUCAGACAACACUUGACCAAGUAUUUGUAAACUUUGCCAAGGACCAAAGUGAUGAUGACCACUUAAAGGACCUGUCAUUACACAAAAACCAGACAGUAGUGGAUGUUGCAGUCCUCACAUCUUUCCUGCAGGAUGAGAAAGUGAAAGAAAGUUAUGUAUGAAGAAUCUUGUCCAUAUAGGGUGGCUGGAAGAAAGGAGGAACUAGACCUUCCUUUGUACCACGUGAAGUGUUCCAGAGGAAAGAGCCAGAAGAUUUUGUGGGAAGAAGUAAACUGGAUACUGUACUGAUACUAUUUCAAUGCAAUGCAAUUCAAUGCAAUGAAAACAAAAUUCCAUUACAAGGGCAGUGCCUUUGUAGCCUAUGUCUCAUAUGCUCUCGAGUGAAAAAGACUUGAAUUUAGUUUAUUACCUUAUACUCAUGUGAAACUCUAGUAUGGAACCCAGUGGACAUAUGAGUUUGACAUACUUUUUUUGUUCCUUUGUAUUCUUACUGGGGUUGCAACAAUAAUUCAUCAAGUCAUGGCCAGUGAUUAUUUUUCAAAAUCAAAAGGCAUGCACACGUUCAUUUAUUACGCCGUGCCAUGCCAAGAGACUGGCUUCCUGGUGACAUAGCCACUGCUGGCAAUGAGUGUGCCAGAAUUACUAGUGCCAAGUUUCUCAGAAAGCCUGAAGCACCAUGGUAUGCCUUGCACACUUUUGUGAAAGCUGCGCUACUCAGUCUGUUGACAUCAUCAAAUACCAGGUGAUGAAAUGGCGCCAUGUGUGGGGAAAGUCCUGCUUUGAUUCCCUCUUUGAGCUGCUCUGGUGAUGGUGACAUGGAAACUGCAUGGUGACAUGCAAACGGCAUGGUGACAUGCAAAAGCGAAACUUGGUUUCAUUGUUGUCCUUUGCUUGGAACCAUGAGUCUCCAAGAUUAUCUUUCUGGGACUCUAAGUAUACUUAGAUCCAGGUAAGAAGCAAAGAAUCAGCAACCACAUUGUUGGGGCUGCAAGCUGGGGAGGCCAUGGCAUGUGAUGAAAGAGAUGAUGUAUUUGGAAUCAAGGGAAGUCUGUGUCCAUUUGUCCUGCUUGUCUACUAACACGGUACAGUGCAUCUCAAGAUCUUGUCGUUUGACACAAGCAUAGUAUUAUUUCUGGCUUUUUGAAUUAAUCUAGAAUAUGAAAAGACGGAGUUGUCUUCUGAGAACAAUCUUUGUACUUUUAACGUUAUUUGGAAUUGUAAGUUCUAUUAGUGACUUCUUAAAACUUAGAGUGGCUUCUUUGUAGAACCCUGUGGCACAGAGGAGUAUGGCCACACUGCCUCCUCACUAGCUUUAAUUUUUCACGUAUGUUUGCAAAUGGAUUAUCUGACUAAUGCCUAGUGACUUGAAAACAGUAUGAUGGCCAAGCUCUCAUGACAACAUUAUAUUUAAGUAUCUUUAAGAUUGUUAAGCAUACUUUUAGUAUCAGCGCAUUAGUCAAGUAUUCUUUGAGUGUAUGUUAUAACUGAGUGAGUAUGGAUGGAUGGCGUGGGGAGAAAUUAAGUUUCAGUAGAUUUCCUGUGCCAUGUUCAUCAGAUAACUGGUUUACAAAUACAGGUUUUGUUGUGGUUGUGGGAACCCACUGAAAGAAUAUUGGGCAGCCCACUUUUUGAAAACAGCAACAAUGCAAAAGGCAAGAAAGUUUAUGUCAUAGGGUCACAGAUUAGCUUCAAAACUUGUUGAAAAACAUAAAACUUUUGCUUAUGGCAUUUAGUACCUUUGAAUAUUGGCUUUGAAAAUCUCAGAUACCCCAUUCUGACAAUCUCAAAUUUUUUAUCUCUUCAGUCAGUAUCAUGGGAAAAAGGCAGCAAAUGCCCCCACAUGAAAAUUAUUUCAGACUUUUCCAAGGCAGUUUAAUUGUUUUUAGUCAGUAAACACUUGUUAAAAAUAAUGUUAUCUGUCUUGAGACAACAAAAUUAUGAGAGAAAUACUGUUUGAAGUUAAAGUGAUCUUUUAAUAUCAUUACUAAUGUCUUUUCCUUUUAAAAAAUGAGAUAUUAAUUCUAAAAGUACAAGAUUUCAGAUCUAUUCCAAAUAUACAUUUUUUCUUUUAAAAUUGAUUGCAUGUUAUCAUGCAACUUGUUGCUUGGAGAAAGAAAAUGACCUUUAGAGAGUAUUGCCAAUAUUUUCUAAAAUGAUAAACAAGUAAUAACUCAUAUUUUAUGCUGUCUUUAAUGAUAUAAAAUUCAUAGAAUGUUUUCUCCUUGUUUAGUAUUUUCCAAAAUCAAGCUUCUGCUAGAUUCCCCAUUUCAGCAGAAUCAUGUCCUAAAUCUGUAUUGUAUUAAAACCAUGAGCAGCUCCCUUUUUUGGAUUAUUCUACUUCAAGGCCAUAUUUUAAAAAAAUCAAAAGAUACUGUGAACUACUUUGAAAAAUGCAACAUUUUGAUAUAGAUUUAAAGGCUAUCUUAAGCUAGAAACAAUCUACAGCUGCUCAUCUACUUCAUUAGUACUGUUAUUAGAUAUUCAAAUUGCAGUCUUUAAAAUUUUUCUGGGUAAGCCCAAUUAUAGUAGAGAUUUGCUCUACUACUCUCUGCUCAGUCAAGUAAAAUUUCUAUAUCAUCCCUGUGGAAAUGUAACCGUGUGAGUUUAACAACAAAAAAAUUUUUUUAAGUGUUCAGAGAUUUCUGCUUUUGCUUCAUUUGGACACCUGAAGCCUUAUUAACUGUGAAUAUGAAAAAAUACAAAAGAACACAAUAACAAAGCCCUCUAUAUACAGAUACCCAGAAUAGGUCAUUGUUAAA